AUGUCAACUAUGAAGAGUGGAAGUUUAGCCAAGAAGGAAGGCAAAAUGAGGAUUCGUGCCUUUCCUAUGACUAUGGAUGAAAAAUAUGUUGAAAGUAUAUGGGCUCUUUUAAAGAAUGCAAUACAGGAAAUACAGAAAAAAAAUAACUCAGGUCUAAGCUUUGAGGAACUUUAUCGUAAUGCAUACACAAUGGUGCUCCAUAAACAUGGAGAGCGACUUUAUACAGGUUUAAAGGAAGUUGUAACUCAUCAUUUAGAGUUUAAGGUUCGAGAAGAUGUCUUGAAAUCCCUACACAAUAAUUUUUUAAUGACACUGAAUCAAGCAUGGAAUGAUCAUCAGACUUCUAUGGUCAUGAUUCGUGAUAUACUUAUGUAUAUGGAUAGAGUAUAUGUCCAACAGAAUGAUGUGGAUAAUGUUUAUAAUUUAGGCUUAAUUAUUUUUAGAGAUCAGGUUGUUCGACAUGGUUGUAUUAGAGAUCAUUUGAGAGAAACUCUGUUAGAAAUGGUGAUGAGGGAGAGACGUGGAGAAAAAGUAGACCGCAUUUCUAUAAAAAAUGCUUGUCAGAUGUUGAUGGUUUUGGGAAUAAAUUCGAGGGCAGUAUAUGAAGAGGAUUUUGAGCGUCCAUUUUUGCAGCAAUCUGCUGAAUUUUAUAAGGUUGAAAGUCAAAAGUUUUUAGCUGAAAAUAGUGCUUCUGUUUAUAUUAAAAAGGUUGAAGCAAGAAUUAACGAGGAAUCUGAUAGAGCAAAACACUAUCUGGAUGAAUCCACAGAAUCAAGAAUAGUAGAAGUAGUUGAAAUAGAGCUUAUUAAGAAACAUAUGAAAACAAUUGUAGAGAUGGAAAAUUCUGGUGUUGUUCAUAUGUUGAAACAUCAAAAAACUGAAGAUCUGGCUUGUAUGUAUAAAAUUUUUGGAAGAGUUCAGGAUGGACUAAAGACCAUGGCUGAUCGCGUUAGUCAAAAUUUAAGAGAACAAGGAAAAGCUUUAGUUCAAGAAGAAGAACAUCAACCUGGCACGAAUGCAAUCACUUUUGUGCAAUCCUUAUUAGAUCUCAAAGAUGGCUUUGAUCACUUCUUGAAUAAUUCAUUCAAUAAGGAUAAGAUAUUUAAACAAAUGAUUGCGUCUGACUUCGAACACUUUUUAAAUUUAAAUCCUAAAUCACCAGAAUAUUUGUCACUUUUUAUUGACGAUAAAUUAAAGAAAGGAGUUAAAGGGAUGUCUGAGCAGGACAUAGAGUUGGUACUAGAUAAGUCAAUGGUACUCUUUAGGUUUCUUCAGGAGAAAGAUGUUUUUGAACGUUACUAUAAACAACAUCUUGCUAAAAGAUUACUUCUGAACAAAUCUGUAAGUGAUGAUUGGGAAAAAAAUAUGAUUUCAAAAUUAAAGACCGAAUGUGGUUGUCAAUUUACGUCAAAAUUAGAAGGCAUGUUUAAAGAUAUGACUGUGUCCAAUACAAUUAUGGAGGAGUUUAAAGAUCAUGUUGCAAAGACUGAUGCCAAUUUAGGAGGUGUUGAUCUUUUCAUGAGGGUCCUUACUACAGGGUUUUGGCCUACACAAAGUGCAACAAAGUGUCACAUUCCAGCUGCCCCUUUAACCGCCUUUGAAACAUUUAGAAGAUUUUAUCUAGCGAAACAUAGUGGUCGUCAAUUGACAUUACAGCCGCAAUUAGGCAACGCUGAUCUCAAUGCCAUCUUUUAUGGACCCCGUAAAGAAGAAGCCGAAGGGGCUUGUUCAUCGUCCACAAGCCUGAUUAGCAACUCCCGAGGCGGACCACGAAAACAUAUUAUUCAGGUGUCGACGUAUCAAAUGGUAGUUCUAAUGUUGUUUAAUAAUCACGAAAAACUUACAUACGAAGAAAUUCUUAACGAGUCGGACAUACCCGAAAGAGAUCUCAUUCGUGCUUUGCAAUCUCUCGCGAUGGGGAAAGCUACACAGCGUGUAUUGAUAAAGACUCCCAAAACUAAGGAAAUCGAGUCAUCGCACGAAUUUCAAGUAAACGAUUCAUUUACUUCUAAGUUGCACAGAGUAAAGAUACAAACGGUGGCAGCAAAAGGCGAAAGUGAACCAGAAAGAAGGGAAACUAGAAGCAAGGUCGAUGAGGAUCGGAAACAUGAGAUUGAAGCUGCAAUUGUUCGCAUUAUGAAGUCACGGAAGCGCAUGGCUCAUAACAUUUUAGUGACGGAAGUCACUGAACAAUUACGCAGCCGCUUUUUGCCAUCUCCAGUGAUCAUAAAGAAGCGUAUUGAAGGACUGAUCGAGCGUGAAUACCUAGCUCGCACGCCAGAAGAUCGUAAAGUAUACACCUAUGUUGCUUGAGGUGACUAAAAAUAUUUGCAAGACUUCGAUCGUGCAAUUGUGGUUUUUUACAGUGCGCCUUUUUAUGAAUAGUGUGUAUGGUUAAUACAAUCUGGAACUCUUCUGAACAAAAAAAUGUAAAUUUAGUAAUUAACAAACUGUACAAAUUCACCACAAUUUGCGUUCAAGGAACCAAUAAUGAUAUAUUGCCUUAAUUGUUUCAAUUACUUUAAACACGUUUUUUGAUUUAUCUUUCCGACUUUUAUUUAUUUUCUUGCAGUUGUAAAAUACAAUGUAGACUCUCAAAUCAAAACAUGACCAUUAUAAGUUU